AUGAAGCGGAAUCGCAUCCAGUUAGAGGCCAAUGGUGAUGCCUCGUCUGUUUCUCCGCCCAACACCGCCUUCACCCCGUCCGACGACCGCCAGUCCGCCCAGCAUGUCCCGAAGAUUUCGCGGAGGAUCCGGGCCUGCACCGAGUGCAAGCGACAUAAGGUCCGGUGCGACAUGAAGGCAGGUGAGUCUACGUGCUCGCGGUGUCGACGAAUGAAGCUAGAAUGUGUCGUCAACAAGAGUCUCCAGACCCUGCUGGAGGAUGAAGCGGAGUGGAAGACCAUGAUUGAGCUGGCAAUGACGGACCUGCUGAGGAAGGCUCACAUGCCGGAACUAUCGUACUAUCAAGCCGGCGGUGGAUUGACCGAGACGCCGAAGAAACGGGGCCGCAAAGAGUCAACGGUGUCGACCGACGACGCGGGUCUGGCCUACACCAAGACCGAGUCUGCGGAUUCCGCCAAAGCAGCCGAAUUGCGGCAUUCAGAUCAUGCGUUUUCGCAACAGCAGUCGCAAUACUCUCUGGAUCGCGAAGAAGCGGGGGCGACAUCGCUGGUCACGGCCCCGAUGGGGAGUCUGUAUGAGGUGACGCAGCUGAGCGAGAAUCGGGAGAGCUCGCCUGGGGAGCAAUAUGCGCCAGAUCAAGCCAUUGUGACGGAUUUCAUAUCGCGCGGAGUGGUGGAUCUGCCAGAAGCGGAGGAACUGUUCUACCACUUCGACCAGGUGCUCAAUCGGUACUUGUGGGAUGGAGCAUUACUACCGCAUAAAGAUCUCACGUCUGUCCGGCGAUCCUCAUCCAUGCUCUCGGCAGCCAUUCUGGCGGUGACCGCCCUUCAUAUGCCGACCAAAGAGCGCACGUUCGACACAUGCUACACCGAGUUUGCAAAACUUGCAUCCGAAUCAAUGCUCGGCCACCACCAUACUAUGGACGACAUACGCGCGUUAUGUAUCGGGGCAUUUUGGCUGGCGGAUGUCAGCUGGAAGCUGUCUGGAUACGCGGUACGUAUUGCUACUGAACGCAACCUACACCAGUGCUAUCGCAAAGCGGCACAAGGGUCUCCAGAGCAUAAGGAGCAAGCCAGGCUAUGGUAUAUUCUUUACACUCUGGAGCACCACUUCUCUAUCGCGUACGGGCGACCACCGAUCAUCCACGAGGAACCGAGCAUUACCCAACACCACACCUUCACACAAUCGCCGUCGGUGUCGCAGGGCGACCUCCGACUACAUAGCCAAGUAGACCUGUUCAUAAUUCUCACUCGGAUAUACUUUGCGUUUGGUCCCGACGUCGAUUUGGAAGUUCCCGAGUCCGAUUUCCCCAAGAUUGAUGACCUCGACGCUGAUCUGGGGGAUUGGCAAUCGGCGUGGCUUCCUCGACUUGCCGGGAGUCGACACGUCGGAGCAUACCCCUACAAAGCUAUUUACAUGCACUACCAUUUCUCUCGACUACAGCUGUACUCGGUUGCUCUGCGAACGUACCACUCAUCCACCUCUUCACGAAUCAUGUCUACGGAUCGCAGAAAGCGCGCCAAUGUCGCCGUGGAAUCGGCCAUCGCCACGCUCCAGGUCGUCCUGGAUGAGCGGGACAUCCAGCGUGCGCUGGUUGGGGUGCCCCUGUAUUUACACAGCAUGAUCACCUUUGCCGCAGUCUUCCUCCUAAAAAUCGCCGCCAAGGUGUGCUCGAACGGGAACAUCCCCGGGAGCCAGGGUCAACAGAAUUCCAUCGCGUCGGCCGGGCUGCGGAUCGACGUGGGCUAUGUCCGAGCCCUCGUGGGACGCACCGUCGAGAUGAUGGUCUCCGUCAGCCAGCGGGCGAGCGAGCGGCAUAUGAGCCAUCACAUCGCGCGCGGACUGCGCAAGAUGCUCACGGGGCUGGAGGAGUGGGAGAAGCGCAAUACCGGCGCACAACCUGCCCAUACACACGCAUCACCCUCGCUCUUCAAGCCCGUCGUUAUCCCCGGCGCCCAGAUCCUCGGUGAGCGCGACACCAUUCUGAACCACCCACCACCACUACUCGGCGUGGCUCCGCUCUCCGCCGAGCGUGGCGGGAGCAAUGGCUUUGAAUCGGCCACGGUACAGGGCAAGCCGCAGUCCGGUCUGUCGGAGGGCUCGAUGGAUCCGAUGAUGGCAGAUCUAUGGGGGUUUGACGAGGACUACUUCCCCACGGGGGUGUUUGACUUUUUGCAAAGCCAGAUGCCGGCAUGA